GCGUGGAGCUGGCCCAAUGAGGGUGGGAGUGGGUGGGGCAGCCCCGAGCAGCAGUGCUAAAGGAGCCCGGCGGAGGCAGCGGUGGGCUUGGGGCUGAGGGGCCGGAUCUGUGGUCGCGGCUGGGGACGUGCGCCCGCGCCACCAUCUUCGGCUGAAGAGACAAUUGCUCGUGGAUCCUCCUGUUAGCAAUGGCCCAGAGAACUGGACUCGAAGACCCAGAGAGGUACCUCUUUGUGGACAGGGCGGUCAUCUACAACCCUGCCACCCAGGCCGAUUGGACGGCUAAAAAGCUAGUGUGGAUUCCAUCCGAGCGUCACGGUUUUGAGGCAGCAAGUAUAAAAGAGGAGAGGGGAGAUGAGGUUAUGGUGGAGUUGGCAGAGAACGGAAAGAAGGCGAUGGUCAACAAAGACGAUAUUCAGAAGAUGAACCCGCCCAAGUUUUCCAAGGUGGAGGAUAUGGCAGAAUUGACUUGCUUGAACGAAGCUUCUGUCUUACACAACCUGAAGGACCGCUACUAUUCAGGACUGAUCUAUACUUACUCUGGACUCUUCUGCGUAGUCAUAAAUCCUUACAAGAAUCUUCCAAUUUACUCUGAGAAUAUUAUUGAGAUGUACAGAGGGAAGAAGCGCCACGAGGUGCCACCGCACAUCUAUGCCAUCUCUGAAUCUGCUUACAGAUGCAUGCUUCAAGAUCGUGAGGACCAGUCAAUUCUUUGCACGGGUGAAUCGGGUGCUGGGAAGACAGAAAAUACUAAGAAAGUCAUUCAGUACCUUGCUCACGUUGCUUCUUCGCAUAAAGGACGGAAGGACCAUAAUAUUCCUCAGGAAUCGCCUAAACCAGUGAAACAUCAGGGGGAACUUGAACGGCAGCUUUUGCAAGCAAAUCCAAUUCUGGAAUCAUUUGGAAAUGCGAAGACUGUGAAAAAUGAUAAUUCAUCUCGCUUCGGCAAGUUUAUUCGGAUCAACUUUGAUGUAACUGGCUAUAUCGUUGGGGCCAACAUUGAAACGUACCUUCUGGAAAAAUCUCGUGCCGUUCGUCAAGCAAAAGACGAACGUACUUUUCAUAUCUUUUACCAGUUGUUAUCUGGAGCAGGAGAACACCUAAAAUCGGAUUUGCUCCUCGAAGGGUUUAAUAACUACAGAUUCCUCUCCAACGGCUACAUCCCCAUCCCAGGGCAGCAAGACAAAGAUAACUUCCAGGAGACCAUGGAGGCGAUGCACAUCAUGGGCUUCUCUCACGAGGAGAUUCUGUCAAUGCUUAAAGUAGUGUCUUCAGUGCUCCAGUUCGGAAAUAUUUCUUUCAAAAAGGAGCGAAAUACGGAUCAGGCGUCCAUGCCGGAAAAUACAGUUGCACAGAAACUCUGCCAUCUCCUGGGCAUGAACGUGAUGGAGUUUACUCGGGCCAUCCUCACCCCCCGGAUCAAGGUCGGCCGAGACUACGUGCAGAAAGCCCAGACCAAAGAGCAGGCAGAUUUUGCAGUAGAGGCGUUGGCAAAAGCUACGUACGAGCGGCUCUUUCGCUGGCUCGUUCACCGGAUCAACAAAGCUCUGGACAGGACCAAGCGUCAGGGAGCAUCUUUCAUCGGAAUCCUGGACAUUGCUGGAUUUGAAAUAUUUGAGUUGAACUCGUUCGAGCAGCUGUGCAUCAACUACACCAACGAGAAGCUGCAGCAGCUUUUCAACCACACCAUGUUCAUCCUGGAGCAGGAGGAGUACCAGCGCGAGGGCAUCGAGUGGAGCUUCAUCGACUUCGGCCUCGACCUGCAGCCCUGCAUCGACCUCAUCGAGAGACCCGCGAACCCCCCCGGCGUGCUGGCCCUUUUGGACGAAGAGUGCUGGUUCCCGAAGGCCACGGACAAAACCUUUGUGGAGAAACUAGUUCAGGAGCAAGGCUCUCACUCCAAGUUCCAGAAGCCCCGGCAGCUGAAAGACAAAGCUGACUUCUGCAUUAUACAUUACGCGGGCAAGGUGGACUACAAGGCCGACGAGUGGCUGAUGAAGAACAUGGACCCCCUGAACGACAACGUGGCCACCCUCCUGCACCAGUCCUCGGACAGAUUCGUGGCAGAGCUUUGGAAGGACGUGGACCGUAUCGUGGGUCUGGAUCAGGUGACGGGCAUGACGGAGACCGCCUUUGGCUCUGCGUAUAAAACCAAGAAGGGCAUGUUCCGGACCGUCGGGCAGCUCUACAAAGAGUCUCUCACCAAGCUGAUGGCGACCCUCCGGAACACCAACCCUAACUUCGUUCGCUGCAUCAUUCCCAAUCACGAGAAGCGGGCUGGAAAACUGGACCCGCACCUGGUGCUAGACCAGCUUCGCUGUAACGGCGUCCUGGAAGGAAUCCGGAUCUGUCGCCAGGGCUUCCCCAACCGGAUAGUUUUCCAGGAAUUCAGACAGAGAUACGAGAUCCUGACUCCGAAUGCUAUUCCUAAGGGUUUCAUGGACGGCAAGCAGGCUUGUGAACGAAUGAUCCGGGCUUUAGAAUUGGACCCGAACUUGUACAGAAUCGGACAGAGCAAGAUAUUUUUCAGAGCUGGCGUUUUGGCGCACUUAGAGGAAGAAAGGGAUCUAAAGAUUACCGACAUCAUUAUCUUCUUCCAGGCUGUCUGCAGAGGUUACCUGGCCAGGAAGGCCUUCGCCAAGAAGCAGCAGCAGCUGAGCGCGCUCAAGGUCCUGCAGCGGAACUGCGCCGCCUACCUGAAGCUCCGGCACUGGCAGUGGUGGCGGGUCUUCACGAAGGUGAAGCCGCUCCUGCAGGUGACCCGCCAGGAGGAGGAGCUGCAGGCCAAAGACGAGGAGCUGCUGAAGGUGAAGGAGAGGCAGACGAAGGUGGAGGGCGAGCUGGAGGAGAUGGAGAGGAAGCACCAGCAGCUUCUGGAAGAGAAGAACAUCCUCACGGAGCAGCUGCAAGCCGAGACGGAGCUCUUCGCCGAGGCGGAGGAGAUGAGGGCCAGGCUUGCCGCCAAGAAGCAAGAACUAGAGGAGAUUCUCCAUGACUUGGAAUCCAGGGUCGAAGAAGAAGAAGAAAGAAACCAAAUCCUCCAGAAUGAAAAGAAGAAAAUGCAAGCGCAUAUUCAGGACUUGGAAGAGCAACUGGACGAGGAGGAAGGCGCUCGCCAAAAACUCCAGCUGGAAAAGGUGACGGCAGAGGCUAAAAUCAAGAAGAUGGAAGAGGAGAUCCUGCUUCUCGAGGACCAGAACUCCAAAUUUAUCAAAGAAAAGAAGCUCAUGGAAGACCGCAUCGCGGAGUGCUCCUCUCAGCUGGCUGAGGAGGAAGAAAAGGCCAAAAACUUGGCCAAAAUCAGGAAUAAGCAGGAAGUGAUGAUCUCGGAUCUAGAAGAACGCCUAAAGAAGGAAGAGAAGACGCGUCAGGAGCUGGAAAAGGCCAAGAGAAAACUGGACGGGGAGACCACCGACCUGCAGGACCAGAUCGCUGAGCUCCAGGCGCAGAUCGACGAGCUCAAGGUCCAGCUGGUCAAGAAGGAGGAGGAGCUACAGGGCGCGCUGGCCAGGGGGGACGACGAGACGCUCCACAAGAACAACGCUCUCAAGGUGGUGCGGGAGCUGCAGGCCCAAAUCGCCGAGCUCCAGGAAGACUUCGAAUCUGAGAAGGCUUCACGGAACAAGGCAGAAAAGCAGAAGAGGGACCUGAGUGAGGAGCUGGAGGCUCUGAAGACAGAACUGGAGGACACUCUGGACACCACCGCGGCUCAGCAGGAACUCCGCACCAAGCGCGAACAGGAGGUGGCUGAGCUGAAGAAGGCUCUGGAAGAAGAGACGAGGAGCCACGAAGCUCAGAUCCAGGACGUGCGGCAGAGGCAUGCCACGGCCCUGGAGGAGCUGUUGGAGCAGCUCGAGCAGGCCAAGCGGUUCAAAGCGAAUCUUGAGAAGAACAAGCAGGGCCUGGAGACCGACAACAAGGAACUGGCGUGCGAGGUGAAGGUGCUGCAGCAGGUCAAGGCCGAGUCCGAGCACAAGAGGAAGAAACUCGACGCGCAGGUGCAGGAACUCCACGCCAAGGUGUCGGAAGGGGACAGACUCCGUGUGGAGCUGGCCGAGAAAGCAAACAAGCUCCAGAAUGAACUGGACAAUGUUUCAAGUCUUCUGGAAGAAGCAGAGAAGAAGGGUAUUAAAUUUGCUAAGGAUGCAGCUGGUCUUGAGUCUCAACUGCAGGACACACAGGAGCUUCUCCAGGAGGAGACGCGCCAGAAACUGAACCUGAGCAGCCGCAUCCGGCAGCUGGAGGAGGAGAAGAACAGUCUCCAGGAGCAGCAGGAGGAGGAGGAGGAGGCCAGGAAGAAUCUGGAGAAACAAGUGUUGGCCCUGCAGUCCCAGCUCACGGACACCAAGAAGAAAGUAGAUGACGACUUAGGAACAAUCGAGAGUUUGGAAGAAGCCAGAAAGAAGCUUCUGAAAGAUGCGGAGGCGUUGGGCCAGCGCCUGGAGGAGAAGGCCCUGGCCUACGACAAGCUGGAGAAGACCAAGAACCGCCUGCAGCAGGAGCUCGACGACCUGACGGUGGACCUGGACCACCAGCGCCAGAUCGCCUCCAACCUGGAGAAGAAGCAGAAGAAGUUCGACCAGCUGUUAGCGGAAGAGAAGAACAUCUCCGCUCGCUAUGCCGAAGAGCGAGACCGCGCAGAGGCGGAGGCCAGAGAGAAGGAGACCAAAGCCCUGUCCCUGGCCCGGGCCCUCGAGGAAGCUCUGGAGGCCAAGGAGGAGUAUGAGAGACAGAACAAGCAGCUUCGGACAGACAUGGAAGACCUCAUGAGCUCCAAGGAUGACGUGGGGAAGAACGUGCAUGAACUUGAAAAAUCGAAGCGCGCCCUGGAGCAGCAGGUGGAGGAGAUGAGGACCCAGCUCGAAGAGCUGGAGGAUGAACUUCAGGCCACGGAGGACGCCAAGCUUCGCCUAGAGGUCAACAUGCAGGCCAUGAAGGCCCAGUUCGAGAGGGACUUGCAGACCAGAGACGAGCAGAACGAAGAAAAGAAGCGGCUCCUGGUGAAACAGGUGCGGGAGUUGGAGGCGGAGCUGGAGGACGAGCGGAAGCAGCGGGCGCUGGCGGUCGCUUCCAAGAAGAAACUGGAAAUAGACCUGAAGGACCUUGAAGCCCAGAUCGAGGCGGCGAACAAGGCGAGGGAUGAAGUGAUCAAGCAGCUCCGCAAGCUUCAGGCUCAGAUGAAGGAUUACCAACGUGAAUUAGAAGAAGCUCGUGCAUCCCGGGAUGAAAUUUUUGCUCAAUCCAAAGAGAGUGAAAAGAAACUGAAGAGUUUAGAAGCAGAAAUCCUUCAAUUGCAGGAGGAACUGGCCUCGUCCGAGCGAUCGCGCCGUCAUGCUGAGCAGGAGAGAGACGAGCUGGCGGACGAGAUUGCUAAUAGCGCCUCUGGCAAGUCUGCGCUGCUGGACGAGAAGCGGCGUCUGGAGGCGCGGAUCGCGCAGCUGGAGGAGGAGCUGGAGGAGGAGCAGAGCAACAUGGAACUGCUCAACGACCGCUUCCGCAAGACCACGCUGCAGGUGGACACGCUGAACGCCGAGCUGGCGGCCGAGCGCAGUGCCGCCCAGAAGAGCGACAACGCGCGCCAGCAGCUGGAGCGGCAGAACAAGGAGCUGAAGGCCAAGCUGCAGGAGCUGGAGGGCGCCGUCAAGUCCAAGUUCAAGGCCACCAUCUCGGCCCUGGAAGCCAAGAUCGGGCAGCUGGAGGAGCAGCUUGAGCAGGAAGCCAAGGAACGAGCAGCCGCCAACAAACUCGUCCGUCGCACCGAGAAGAAGCUGAAAGAGAUCUUCAUGCAGGUUGAAGAUGAACGUCGACACGCAGAUCAGUAUAAAGAACAGAUGGAGAAGGCCAACGCCAGGAUGAAACAGCUCAAGCGGCAGCUGGAGGAGGCGGAGGAGGAGGCCACGCGUGCCAACGCAUCUCGGCGUAAGCUCCAGCGGGAACUGGACGAUGCCACGGAGGCCAACGAGGGCCUGAGCCGCGAGGUCAGCACGCUGAAGAACCGGCUGAGGCGAGGCGGCCCCAUCAGCUUCUCGUCCAGCCGGUCUGGCCGCCGCCAACUGCACAUUGAGGGGGCCUCCUUGGAGCUGUCUGACGACGACACGGAGAGCAAGACCAGCGACGUCAACGAGACGCAGCCGCCCCCAGCCGAGUAGAGCCCCGGGAAGCCCGUGGAGGCGAUACAGUGGGACACGCAGGACACCUCCCCACCCCCCUCCACCCCCCAGCCCCACGUCUGGGAAGUCGGCCCGCGCUGGGAUUCCUUACUGAGAGAUCAACCGUGUCUUAAGGCUUUCCGGCCGCCCAUACUGUAUCCCGCUUCUCAGUCAAGUACAACCGCUUCCCCUUUUUCUAUAUAUACACACACGAGACCCACGCCUACUACACAGAGUCUCCUCAUUGCAUCUCCUUUGCGUAUAUUCACCGAGAGACCAUUUUCUGAUUCACGGUAAGAAGAGAACCAUUUCUCAGACCCGUGGCCAGUGGCUGGGUUACUGCGGUGGCCGCUCCGUCGCUCUGCAUGCUCUCUCUGCAGACAGGUCACCCCGUUCUGCGUUCGUGUGGCCCCCGCCGCCUCAGCCACACCGAGUCUCUUCGAACAUUGUGGAACCUCGACUGCACUUGUAUCUCCCCGUAUUUCCUCCGAGAACGAUCAACACUCUUUCAGUGAGCAAACUGUGAACGGGGCUGUGGCAAGAUGAGGAGGGGUGGGCGGCACCGGAGGGAAGCCGUGUCCCUUUGGGGUCGCCCUGCCCCUCUCCCUUGAGCUGGUGGUGUCCUCGGCCAGGGCCGGCCUGUGCACAGAAGGGACGGCGGCCCCGUGAGGCCACCGCCGUCCCGCGGGCCCCGCGCCCUCUGGCUUGGCUGACCCUCGGGGGGGUCCACAGGGAGCCCUCCGUCUCCAGCCAGGCUCGCACGCUGACCUUGCAAAUUCAGCCACCGCUUUGAGCCCAAAAUGGCAAUCUCGGUUUUGUGUCCCAGACUUAUUCCAAGGUGGUCCGGGAGGCUGACGGAGCCCCCGGAACCGACGUCAUCUGCCUGAAUGUUGACAUGCCAGUGGACGUGAGUCCUUGUUCCUUUCUCCUUCCUUGCCCUUGGACAGUGUUACAGUGAACACCUAGCAUUCUGUUUUCGGUUGAUAGUUAAGCAAACUGACUUUACAGAAAGUGCCUUAGACACUGCAGUACUAAGAACGUUACAUCUAUGAUCUGCCUCUGUAACAAUGUAAUGUAUGAGUUCUGACUGUGCUUAUCAUGUACCUCUCUAGUCGAAGUGGUAUUAUAAACAUUCAGUGACAACGAAUCAGUGUUAAUUAUAAAUCCUUGAUCCUUGGCAACGUGCUUGAAAACACAAACCUUUUGGGUUAAAAGCUUUAACAUCUGUUAGGAAGAAUCUGUCAUGUGGGUUUGGAAUCUUUGGGUUUUCCCCCUUGAUGAACUGCACUGGCUGUUGACCACCAGACACCUGACUGCAAAUACCUUUUUUCUUGUAUUCCCAUAUUUCUAGACAAUGAUUUUUGUAAGACAAUAAAUUUAUUCAUUAUAGAUA